CUCGGGCCUUUUCGCCCCUCAGUUGCCUAGCAGCACGAGGUGGCCCUCCCAAUACAGUCGAUUGGAUAUGCACCGUUUCAAGACCCAGACCCAGACCCAGAAUCGCCCGAAAGCGUGCCCUUUAAGAGAUUUUAGCCACUACUGUACAACACUCGAAUGUACUUUGUUGCCUAGAACGCUGAUUUGGCAACGCCUAAAGCGAGAGUAUCCACAGGUUCGGCUCGACAUUAUUAGAUGUCAUCGUCGAUAAUUAUCUUUGAACCUCAUCAUGGCUUGACCUCAUGUUGUGGACGCGGAAGCAUGCAUUAGACCAUGGCUCAGCCUUUGUUCUCAACAUGGUCUGCACGAAACCAUGUGCCCGACACAGGUGAUAGAACAGAGAAUGCGUCAGACCGAUUCACUUGCCACCGGUGUGGCAGAGCGUUCAAGAGGUCGGAGCAUCUAAAUCGGCAUCUCAGAACCCAUACCAAGGAGAAGCCUUUCCGUUGUCAAUGUGGCGCUCCAUUUGCGCGCCAGGACUUGCUCAAAAGACAUAUUCGUUUAUCGCAUCCAGAGAGGUUCCAAAGUCGACUAAGCCAUGAAGAGUCCCUCACGUCAAUGCGAGCUAGCGCUGCUGGUCCAUCAGAGACUGUCGCUGAACCCGGGCCUGCAGGUGGUCAUCAAAACUUCACCAAUCACCAUAAUGGACAGAACAUUAUUCCUACUCCAGAUGUACUUGGACCGUACCCGUCGAGCCACCAGUCACAACCAGUCCUUGAGCAACCGACGCCUUUCUCACCCACAGCAACGCCGUUCAUGAUGGGCCACACGUUUGAUGACGUGGAUUUUGACACCCUCCUCGAAACCUCUCCAGAAGGGCAUGCCCACCUCCAACAAAUAGCCAAUUUCAUGGACAGCAUGGGCCUUCUCACAGAUUUUGUCACUUUCGAUCCUGUCCAGAAUGAGCCCUUGGUAGACCCCCGGCUUCAGCCCAUGGCCGUUCAGAAUGAACCACCAGACGAUGCCCCAAACAACAUCCCGCAAGCUGAAUCUGGAAGUCGACCGAUUUCUCCGUUUCGCUCCUCUCAAUGGCUCCCUUCACCUCCUCCGAUCGACCAGAACACGAGAGAUGAUGCCAGCUCUAUACCUACUGGUCCAGCCCAGGUUCCUCUAACGCCACUGCGCAGUAUCACGAGAGAACAGAGAGCAUGGCUCGAGGCCCAACUAGCUGAUUUCAGGGAUGUGAUACCCGGAUUUUAUCUCCCCUCGCAACAUAGUUUGACGAGGUACAUGACCUCUUUCCUCGACGGCUUUCAUAGCCAUCUCCCUCACGUUCAUGCUCCUACGGCCAGGUUUGAAGACCUCGCCCCGGAUGCGAUUCUUGCUUUCGCGGCCACUGGCGCACAGUACGUCUUUGAGCAUCGCAAUGCCGACCGGCUCUUCCACGCUGGUAGAGCUGUUCUGAUGGAAAGGUUGCGACGAUACCGUGAGAACGUGGUCCGCCAAUCUGAAACAUCUCCAGCUUCCGUGAUUUCAGCAGGAAGUGAUUACGGCCGGAGCAGGAGGUUGAAAAGGGUUUCGGCUGCAAAUACUUUGGGGGAGAAAGAGGAUUCGUGGAAAGAGCAAUGGGCUCUUCAUCAGUGCCUGGCAGCUGCAGUGACUCUCAUGGGAUACGGAGCCUGGGAGGGAGUUGACCUCCUCCGAGAGAGUCUUCGUCUAUCCAGUGUGGUCCUGGAAUGUUUGCGCGAGAUUGCGACAUUGACUCCCGUGUCUGAUGAUACCACUGGCCUAGGCUGGAAAGAGUGGGCUCGUGCCGAAAGCGAACGACGUGCCCAGCUCGUCGCUUUCACAUUUCUCGAGACCCUCAGCAUUGCGUACAACGUUUCACCCUACCUGCUCAACAGCCAAUUUGAUAUCCGCCUCCCAUGCACGACGGCCGAGUGGAAGGCCAACACGGAAGAAGAAUGGAGGGCAGCGCGAGCAGAAGUGCACUCGGAGCAAAUGCACUAUCAACAAGCAUUGGCAGUACUUUUCGACACAUCCAAGACCGAUAGUCCACCCAUUCCAAUGACCACACCGUUUGGCAACUACAUUCUUUUACACGGUUUAUUACAGAGAAUCUUGUUGGCAUCCGAGGUGUCUAACCCGACAGAUGAUCAGAUCUCCACCAUGUCUCGCAACGAAUUUGACCAGAUGGAGUAUGCCCUUAGAUCUUGGACGGUGGUCUGGCAGAAGACUCCAGAGUCUAGUCUUGACCCUCGAAACGCAAAUGGCCCGAUCCCUUUCACCUCGAGCGCACUACUUGGUCUGGCGUAUGUACGGCUACAUCUUCUACUUGGGCCACACCGCAGCCUAGAAACUCGAGACAAGAAUCGAAUAGCGACAAGUCUGAUGAAGUCACCCCCAGUUCGCCGUGGUCAUCGCAUCCUACCAGCAAUUUUGUAUGCGAUUCACGCACUAAGCUUACCGGUUCGCCUUGGAAUCGAGUCUGUGGGAAGGAGCCAGGCUUUUUUCUGGAGCAUUCGGCACGCACUGUCGAGUCUGGAAUGUGCGGUAUUGCUAUCUAAAUGGCUUACUGCAAUCCACGGCACUCGCUCCGAAGCAAUCAGUAGUAAGUCAUCCUUUUACAACCCCUUUGAGGUGAUCAUCUCGGCAAAUAGCCAGAGCAGAUGCUGUCGUGGUCUCAGAAACUGACAAAUUCCGCAGAAAACGAGAGCCGCAUGAUACUCUGGCUCCGACACAUCGUCAAAGAAGCACUGGAAUCGAGCGAUAGUGAGGAGUCGGGCGAUGAAGAUGAGACAAGUGUCGACAAGACCGAAUAUGUGGACGCACUGCCCAUCCCGGAGCUGGCCCUCCAUGUGCUACGCAUCUGGUCUCGGAUGUUUCGAUGCAAUGUCCAAUGGCCUUUCUUGAACGUCAUUGGCCUAGGGUUGCAAGAGUAUGCUCGCUUAAUCAAGGCAGAUUUUAUUGUUACGGAGGGCAGGACGAUUGAUAUAACGAUUUAGGUCUUAGGUAACAGUCCCGAUAGGUUCAUGAGCUGGAGCGUCAUGGAAUGUAUGUACUACUAAUAUUUGCACUUCUUCUUUAUUUUGCAACCAUUGCCUCUAUUAUCACA